UGGCAUAGAUUUCUGAAAUCUGAGUACACUUUAUCUCGAGACUCUAUCUCAGAUUUUCAUUGCUCGUUUUCACAUAUAGCAAAUUUGUCAUAUUGGCACUACUGUUUUAAGAAAAAACGUUCGCUAAUUUAAAAAUUAUUAAUAUUAAUUAUAUGAUAGAAUAUUUAAGCGGUUUUAAUAAUUUAGUUACAUAAAAGACCAAGAUUAUGAAGCAUGUGAAAACCAUCAAUUCGUUGUGAAGACUUGAAUUAUUGUACUUUGGAUAAGAACAUAAAUAUACUCCAAUAAUAUUUAUAGAACAAUAUAAUGAAAAGUAACAAUGACGUCUGAUAAAGAUGCACAAAAGAAAAAAGAAAAAUUGUAUGGGGCAUUAUUCUUGAGUGGAUUAGCAGGAAUUUCUGCUAUGAUUGGAUUUGGCAGUGCCCUAGCAUCAACUAGAAAACAAGAUACAAAAAGUUUUGAAGCUGGAUUAGUAGGACAGAAAGGUCUGUAUGAAUCUGGAGCUGCAUUAGCAACCAGGGCCCUUUUUAUAGGCUCUCUAUGGGCAAUUGGAGGUUGUGGAGUUCUUUUCUAUGGUAUUUGGAAGCUGUCAGGAGCUAAGACUGCUGAAGAGUUUCGAUUAAAGGCUGGAAGCAUUUUGCCAAGAAUACCAAAGAAUGAUCCACCCCAGAGUAGGACUGAAUUUGAAAACCUUACUGACUUUCUUAGAUAUGUUUCAGAAGACUGGGGUAAAGAAAAGUAAUAUUUCCUAAAUCAUUUGAAGUUUAACAGCAAUGAAUAGUUUUUUUGAGUGGUCAGAACAGUCAGAGAUAAAUUUUAAAGAUUACAGUCAUCUGUAAGAAACUGUAAUUAUAGAGGUUUAUGCUCUUUUCAGGCGUUCAAACAAAGUAGAAAAAUAACUAUUGCAUUAUAAUUAGUAUAAUGCUUUUUGUAUAUUUUACUUCGUGUUUUUAUA